GUCAAUCGAUGUUGCAGGAAAGAAAGAAAGGUGAGAAAGGCGUCGGAGCGUCUUCGCCUUCAGCAGCUCGACUAUCGACAAUUUGGUCGAUCGAAGGUCGAGGGGAGGAAGGAAAGAGGGCGAGGGCGAGGGAGGCAAGACAGAGCAGGGAUUAGAAUGGACAUUUGACAGGGAGCGUGGCGGAGUUGGAUCGAUCGAUUGGAUUGCUCCCCGGGAAUCUGAGGUCUGGUGAUAGGGCACGAUGAGUGGGCACGAUUCGAAGUAUUUCACCACUACCAAGAAGGGAGAAAUACAUGAGCUCAAGGAAGAGCUCAAUUCGCAGUACAAGGACAAGAAGAAGGAUGCCGUCAAAAAGGUUAUUGCUGCUAUGACAGUCGGCAAGGAUGUGUCCAUGCUGUUCACAGAUGUCGUCAACUGUAUGCAAACCGAAAACUUGGAACUCAAGAAAUUGGUUUAUCUCUAUCUCAUCAACUAUGCCAAGAGUCAUCCCGAUCUGGCAAUCCUUGCAGUCAACACUUUUGUCAAGGACUCUCAAGAUCCGAACCCUCUCAUACGGGCUUUGGCGGUCAGAACCAUGGGGUGCAUUAGAGUGGAUAAGAUUACCGAGUACCUGUGUGAUCCCCUUCAGAGGUGUCUCAAGGAUGAGGAUCCUUACGUCCGCAAGACCGCAGCCGUUUGUGUGGCCAAAUUGCAUGAUAUCAAUGCAGAAUUGGUGGAAGACAGAGGAUUUCUUGAAGCACUCAAGGAUAUGAUAUCCGACAGCAACCCGAUGGUAGUUGCAAACGCUGUUGCAGCUCUUGCCGAGAUUCAGGAGGGUUCUAGUAAACUUAUAUUCGAAAUCACCAACCACACUUUGUUCAAGCUGUUGGCUGCCCUGAAUGAAUGUACCGAAUGGGGCCAAGUCUUCAUACUGGACGCUCUUUCCAAGUACAAGGCAAAGGAUGCGCGUGAUGCAGAGAACAUUGUAGAACGUGUGACUCCACGUCUGCAGCACGCAAAUUGUGCUGUAGUAUUGUCCGCAGUGAAGGUCAUUCUACAGCAGAUGGAGCUCAUAACUAGUGUUGAUGUAGUCCGUAACCUGUGCAAGAAGAUGGCUCCUCCAUUGGUUACACUUCUUUCGGCAGAGCCGGAAAUACAGUAUGUGGCUUUACGCAACAUCAAUCUUAUUGUUCAACGCCGGCCUAGUAUUCUAGCACAUGAAAUCAAGGUGUUUUUCUGCAAGUACAAUGAUCCUAUAUACGUGAAAAUGGAAAAGCUGGAAAUUAUGAUAAAGCUGGCGUCUGACCGUAAUAUUGAUCAGGUUCUUCUGGAGUUCAAGGAGUACGCCACCGAAGUGGAUGUGGACUUUGUUCGUAAGGCAGUUCGUGCUAUUGGUCGAUGUGCCAUCAAGCUCGACCGAGCUGCCGAGCGAUGCAUCAACGUACUACUUGAGCUUAUCAAAAUCAAAGUCAAUUAUGUUGUCCAAGAAGCAAUUAUUGUCAUCAAAGAUAUUUUCCGUCGAUAUCCCAAUAUGUAUGAGUCUAUUAUUGCAACCCUUUGUGAGAGUCUGGACACGCUUGAUGAACCUGAAGCUAAGGCAUCCAUGAUCUGGAUCAUUGGUGAGUAUGCCGAGCGUAUCGACAACGCUGAUGAGCUGUUGGAGAGCUUUUUGGAAAGUUUCCCGGAGGAGCCAGCUCAAGUCCAGCUGCAACUUCUGACUGCUGCGGUGAAGCUUUUCUUGAAGAAACCCACUGAAGGCCCCCAACAAAUGAUACAGGUUGUGCUCAACAAUGCCACGCAAGAAACAGAUAAUCCUGAUCUACGAGACCGAGCUUACGUCUAUUGGCGUUUGCUUUCCACUGAUCCGGAGGCUGCCAAGGAUGUGGUACUUGCUGAAAAGCCGACAAUCAGUGACGAUUCGAACAUGCUAGAUCAGUCCCUUCUUGAUGAUCUUCUUGCCAACAUCGCGACUUUGGCUUCUGUUUACCAUAAGCCUCCCGAUGCAUUUGUAAGCAGAACCAGGCCUACGCAACAAAGAGAUGAAGACGAGGAGUACGCUGAGCAAGAUUCUGGAACUGGUGAUACCUCGGCCCCUCUUUCUGAGGCAGGCCAAGUGUCUGGCGGGUAUCAAGGUGCAAGUCCUUCUAGUCCGCUUCCUCCUCCCGGUGGUUAUGGCGCACCGCCAAGGGCUACUGUUCCUCCUAGUGGUCCUCCACCUCCAGCAGCUGCGGUGGUUCCUGAUCUUCUAGGAGAUUUGAUGGGCUUGGACAACGCCCUUGUUCCAGUUGGACCAGUUACUCCAGCCACACCUGCUGGACCUCCUCUUCCUGUACUACUUUCUGCCCAAGAUGGACAAGGACUGCAGAUUUGCGGGCAGCUGAUAAGACGCGAUGGACAAGUGUUCUACUCCCUUAGAUUUGAAAAUAACACGCAAAUGCCUUUAGAUGGCUUCAUGAUCCAGUUCAAUAAGAAUUUGUUUGGACUUGCUUCAGCAGGCCCACUUCAGGUACCGUUACUGCAACCAGGGGGUUCCGCAAACACCUUGUUGCCAAUGGUUUUAUUCCAGAAUGUGGCUCCAGGUCCACCAAGAUCAGUCCUUCAAGUUGCCGUUAAAAACAACCAGCAGCCUGUGUGGUAUUUUGAAGGCAAGGUCCAGUUGCAAGCUCUCUUCCUAGAAGACGGCCAGAUGGAGCGCAGCACGUUCUUAGAGACAUGGAAGUCGUUGCCAGAUUCUCAUGAAGUUUCCAAGGACUUGCCUAAUGCGAUAAUCACCAACAGUGAAGCAACGCUAGAGAGGCUGCUGAAGACCAAUCUUUUCUUCAUCGCAAGGCGGACUUUGAAGGAUACAAAUCAGGAAGUGCUUUAUCUGUCCGGAAAGGUUCCUCCAAAUGUUCCGUUUUUGGUAGAGCUAACUUUCUUGGUAGGAUAUCCAAGUGUUAAGUGUGCCGUGAAGACCCCAAGUCCAGAGAUGGCACCCCUAUUUUUCGAAGCAAUGGAGAGCCUCUUGCGAUGAGCUCUUUUAUUACAAUGGGUAUGUUAUAUCUGGGCACAGCAGAGAUGGAUCUAUGAGAUUGGAGUGCUCUCUGUGUAGAGGAGUACUGGUAAUGAAGUCAUUUAAAUUGCCAAUACUAAACACAUUUUUUCUGGUCGCUUUUCACUGCAAUGCAAUGCAUUUGUUCGGGAUAAGGGCAGCCAAUGUAGUUUUGGGCAAAUAAGGCUUGUGUUACUUUCGAAGAACACGCUAUUGUUCUAGUACAGGCUGAUCAAGCCUUAGCAAUCCAGACUGACUUACGGAUGCAAUGAAAGGAGGUCCUGUUGUACAAUGACCAGUAGGAAGAUUUAGUGCAUGCAGUUGUUCUGAUAGUAUAGAAAUCGUUAAAUGUUUAUGCCUUGUUUUGUGAAAGGCACAUAUUUCUAUUUGUCCGAGGCUUUUGUGUCCCCGCAAUUGUGUACAGAUUAAGUGUCCUGAAGGUGUUGGAUAGUGUAGCGAAUUUUAACGACUUAAAGAUCGUAAGUAUCUACAAACGUAAAGUUCCUAAUAAGUGACAGAGUAACCCUGCAUUUGU